CUUUGGCGCAUGGUGGACGCGCGAACUGCGAACUCGGUACUCGGGUGUGACUGUACUGUGAUGUGGUAAACAUGUGCGCUUUUACAACACGGGAGACCCUCCUACCGUUAGUAUCGGAGGGCCACGGGACGCCCCGCCUGUGGAAUUAUGACCCUUACGAAAAGCCCGUGUGACUUGGACACGAUGAGCCUUUUCCAAGAUCUCAAGUUGAAACGGAGAAAAGUCGACUCUAGAUGUAGUAGUGACGGUGAAAGUGUAGCAGACACAAGUGCUUCCUCCCCAGAUAUGGCUGGACCUGGCUCCCCGUGCAAGCUGGAACUCGCACGUUCCUCUCCUAGCCCAGGAGCCCAUAGAGAUAGUGUGAUUUGCAGAGUGUCGUCGCCGGACUCGGCGCUGCCGGAGAGCGAUCGUCCCAUGGCGGAGCCCUCGGACCCCUGCGGCGGCGAGCCUACGUCGGACGUGAAGCCGAGGAUCAACGAGGAGCUCAACGUGCGAGUGUUCGACGGUGGAGGCGGAGUCUCGAGGACGGAGACGUCCGGACAGAACUUUUGGUUGAGUACCCGCGUGAACGGUGACAUACAGGACUUGAUGACGGGGGGAUACGCCUCUAGUGAGAUGAAACCUCCUGAGAGAACACCGACGUCACAAGCGGGGCUAGUGAGAGACUUGCAGGACGUUAUGACGGGCAGCUACACCAGCGAGAUGAAACCUCCGGAGAGGACGUCGUCGACCCAGUCGAUGACCGCGGACGCCGAGGUAGUGGCGGAGACUCGUGAAAUGUGCGACGCGAACAAACCCGCCGAGGACGCGAGUGCGAGUGCGAAUGUGUUUGAGCCCCGGACUGCGACGUCCUCGUCGUCGACGACAUUCUGGGUGUCCACGGGGACGUCCACGGUGUGCCGGGUCAACGGGGACAUGGAGUACCUAAACAGUGUGACAGUGUCGCCUCAGAGGACGGAGUCGCGGCAGAACCUGACGGUGAUCGUGGGUGACGCCGCGAGUGACGAGGGUGCGGAGAACAAAGUGAAGGUGAAGGAGGAAGUGAGUGGAGUGUUCGGAGAGGACGCAGUGGCGAGAUCGCGGGAAGUGCCGGUGUCGGUGUCGACGUCGCCCUCGGUCUGGGUGACGGCGGGAGCGCCGGUGGUGUCGGGGUGUCGCAUCAACGGCGUCAUGCCGGAGCUGAUCGGAGGUGGAGUGAACUACGCGGAGCAGAUGAAGCCGCCAGCGUCGUCACCGCAGCGGGUGAGCAGUGCGGGCGUGCGGCCGGCGCCCACCGUCAUCAUGGGUGAGGCCGGGGGUGUCCGCACCAUGAUAUGGUCUCAGCCUGUAGCAGACACCCCUCCUACAUCAACACCGUCCAACCUCGCCUCCACCUCCUCCAACAGCGCGUGGUCCACGUCAUCAGUGUCGUCGCCGUCCAGCGCAUCCAACAGUGAAGAGUCGGCCGCUCAGCUGCUGCUCAACCUCGGCCAAGAGCGAGCGUUCCGGUCGCCGCACACGUUCCCUGUCCCUCUCAACAUGGAGCGACUCUGGGCGGGCGACCUGAGUCAACUGCCCUCCAGCCAGCAACUCCACGCUCUCAACCUGAGCGUGGCGGCGCCGUGGCCGGGGGCUCCCACCCCCUGGACCGGUGGACAGGCUCCCCACUGGCUCAAGAACGGCGAGGUUCCACCCAAGGCUCCUCCGCAGGACGACCAGGAUGACGAGGACCAGCCCAUGAUCUGUAUGAUAUGCGAGGACAAGGCUACUGGUCUCCAUUACGGCAUCAUCACGUGUGAAGGUUGCAAGGGGUUUUUCAAGCGGACAGUACAGAACAGGCGGGUAUACACCUGUGUAGCGGACGGUGUCUGUGAGAUCACCAAGGCACAGAGGAAUAGGUGUCAAUACUGCAGGUUCAAGAAGUGCAUAGAGCAAGGCAUGGUUCUCCAAGCUGUGCGAGAAGAUAGAAUGCCUGGAGGCCGGAAUUCAGGAGCUGUAUAUAAUUUAUAUAAGGUUAAGUACAAAAAGCAUAAGAAGAAUCCUAGGAACGGACAGAUAAAGUCGCCACAGACAAAGAUUUCUGCGAGCUCCGAACACGGGAUUACACCACAAUUGGUCAAUGGGACCAUUCUAAAGGCUGCACUCACCAACCCUAAAGAGGUUGUCCACUUGCGGCAGAGGCUAGACAACACGGUCAGCUCGUCACGGGACCUCAUGUUGACGCUGGACGCAGCUCUCGCCAUGAUACAAGUACUGAUAGACUGUGAUGACUUCCAGGACAUUGCCACUGUCCAGAACCUGGAGGAGUUAUUAGAACACAAGACGGACUUGUCCGACAGACUAAUGCAGAUAGGCGACUCUAUCGUGUACAAGUUGGUCCAGUGGACAAAGAAACUGCCUUUCUAUUUGGAGCUGCCUGUAGAAGUACACACAAAGCUGCUGACACACAAGUGGCAUGAACUGCUUGUGUUGACGACGUCAGCUUACCAAGCCAUCCACGGACCUCACAAGCAAAACCCCUCCUCCCCCGACCCCUCCUUUCUGGACUUCUCCCAAGAGGUGUCAAAAAACCUGUCGAUGCUCCAAACGUGCCUGACGUCCAUGAUGGGCCGCACCAUCACGCUGGAGCAGCUGCGGCAAGACGUCGGACACAUGGUGGAGAAGAUCACACACGUCACACUCAUCUUCAGGAGGAUCAAGUUAAGAAUCGAGGAGUACGUGCUGCUCAAAGUCAUCAUUAUGCUGAAUCCAGCCACAAGAGGGGGAGCCAACGAGUUAGAGACUAUACAGGAGAGGUACAUGAACUGCCUCAAGACCUAUGUGGAGUAUAUGGCUCCGAGUCAACCGAGUCGGUUCCACGAGCUACUCCUGUGUUUACCUGAGGUUCAGACGGCUGCGUCGCUCCUCCUCGAGAGCAAGAUGUUUUACGUUCCGUUCCUGCUUAACUCUGCCAUCCAGAGAUAGUAGUAACAGGCACCCCAACACCUCAUUGCAGUUACCAUUUGUUUUUUCCUAGUUAAGUUAAACUUCCUAAUUUGUCGAAGGAAAACUCGUUACGGAAGGACUCCGUCACCGACGGCCGUUACGGCUGCGAGCACCGAGAACUAGUUUAGCCUGUACAGAAGGAACGGAUAGUUUUUGCAUGAACCACGCACGAAUAAGGCUUCAAGACUGACUUUUUUAACGUAAAUUCUAAUUCCAUUAGAUCUUGAAUACGAAGAUCUCGCCUUGGGAGCAUCAACGCACAGAUCAAGACGUAGCUCGGUCGACUGGAUAUUUUUAAACUUAGCCGCCGUUUGUUUUGUGUUAUUUGUAACGGUUUUAUGUGAUUUUUAUACAAGUCAAUUCCUAAUGUAUGUGUUACCAUUUUAAACACCAUUAGUCCAUCGUCAUUGUUUCAUCAUUAGUUUCAUCGUAAAUUUCAGUAGAACCGUGAUGCCAUGUCGGUCAUAGUCUUAACCAAGUUACCAAUGGGCUCGUCCCAUGUUCCUGUACUCACUGUACAUAUAACCAGAAGGUAGCGGGCUCCUCUUCAUGGCCUCUUUACUUUUCACCAGAAAUGAAUGCACACAAAUCAGGGUCACUUCAAUAACUGCCUUUGUUGUUUUAGGUCUUAUAGUUACCAAUGUUGACAUUAUUUGUUAUGUUUGUUAAAUUGAAUUUCCCUCUAAUACUAAGUAUUACCUUCUGUUGUUAUUGUAGUCUUAAAGACGAUUUGCUCUGUGCUCUUAAAGUAAAAAUUCAAUCAUCGCUUCUGAACACAUUUUAGGAUUUGCAUUAUUUGUACUAAAAAUCAACCUAAAAGUGUGUUUUCAUUGUUUUG